AUGAGGAAACAGAGCAGCAUAACAAGCUCCGGAGACCGGAAUGGCCAUUUCUGGCGUUGUGAUCCCUACACGAGCCGCGUGAAUGGCUCCGUUGUUGUCGCCGAUCUGGGACUGGCUUUACUGACGCGUCCUCCAGAAGUGGUACGUGAUAUCCACGGUUAUGUGAGGACAACGGCACCAACCUGUCGUAUGGGGGAGCGAUACUUCUUUGCUGGGGGCACCAUCAAGGAAGUCUCUUCUGAUGAGGAUGCACAGCCGGAAUACGAAGUUCAUCCCAGCCUCUCUCCGAACUGCCAACGACGAAAGAAACGAAAUUAUCGAGUUCUUGGAAGUCCCUUUUGGAUGGCUCCAGAGAUGUUUUCCUUGAAGCCUUACGAUGAAUCGGUGGACAUCUACUCCUUCGGCGUGAUACUCUGCCAAUUAAUUGGUCGGGUCGAUGCUGAUCCGGAUGUUCUUGAACGCAGCUCCUCCACCCUAUCCAUCGACAUGAACAAAUUCCUCAAAACCCAUGUGCCAGAGGACGCUCCGCGUGAACUGGUUGAACUUGCUAUCGCGUGUACUCGUUUGGAAUCAGACUACCGGUCAGUUCAUGUCCCAUUAUUCCAUCUAGCAUUACCUGCGCCUCUCCUUACUGGUCUAUGGUGUCCGAUCAACUAUCCUUGUACUUUACUAAUUGCAUAUGCUAAUCCUUACCUAUCAGCGUCUCUGCACUUUUUGCGCCCUGUGAGUGUCCGUACCACACACGAGGGUUGA